CCUUUUUAUCCCCUCUCUCUCUCUCUUUCUUUUCUUUUCUUUUUCUCUCUUCUUUCUUUUCUUAUGACCGACCACGCUGAACAUAAACGACAAAGAGUUAGCAAAGCCUGUGAACAAUGUCGACGAAAGAAAGUAAAGUGCGAUGGUGCAUCGCCCUUUUGUAACAACUGUAGUACAUUAGGUCUUACUUGUCAUUAUAAAGAAUCAACAAAAAAGAGAGGUCCGCCUAAAGGUUACAUUGAAGCCAUUGAAGGAAGACUGCAUCGAUUAGAAGCCUUGUUGGGCAGUAUUGUACAAGAAGAUGACCCUCGCUCUCAAGCUAUUAUUAACGAAUUAAAUGCACCACUUGAAACUGCUUAUGGUGAACUUGUUCGACCUAGACCAAUGCGUAGAGAAACACUCUCGGGAUUUGAAGCUGAAUGCGGUCCUCUGACAACGACUGAACCUAUGAUUAAACAAGAAGAUGAUAACGAAAAAACCAUGCUCAAUGAUGAUGAAUCCAACAACAUUGGCAAUCUCUCGAUUGAUGAAAAUGGCCAGCUUCGUUAUUAUGGCAGAUCAUCUGGCUUUUAUAUGCUCAAGAUCAACAAGAACUUUCAGAACCGAGCAUUUCAAUUUAAUUCAAAAGAGCAUGCUGAAGAUAGUCCACCUUCUUUAUCAGUCGCUGUAGAUCCAUUUGAAGUGCCUCCUUCAGAUUUAAGAGACCAUUUACUUGACCUUUAUUUUAGUACAUUUUAUCCAUUCUUACCUAUCUUACACAAACAGUCUUUUAUGGAGGCCUUGAAUAAUGACACUGUGCCUUCUCCCCCACCUAUUUUACUCAACGCUAUGUAUGCUUUGGCAUCACGUAUUUCCCCGGAUACACGUGUGAGAGCGGAUCCUUCUAAACCAGAAACAGCAGGCGAUAUAUUUUUCGAGCGGGCUCGGAUCCUACUUGAUCUGGAAUGGGAUAGCUUUCAAGUAUCCACUGUUCAAGCCUUAUUGCUUAUGAGUAGCCAUCAAAAUGGUGCUCUCAAGACAACAAGGGGAUGGCUUUAUAGUGGCAUGGCCAUUCGAAUGUCACAAAAUUUAGGACUGCAUAGAAACUGUGAUAGCUGGGACCUCACACCUACUGAAAAAGAAAACCGCAAAAGAGCAUUUUAUUGUUGCUUUGUACUUGAUAGACUCGCUUGUGCUAUGCAUGGUCGAUCACCCAUGAUUGAUGAGCGAGAUUAUGAUACGCCUUAUCCUUCCGAAAAUGAACAAGACGAUCUAGAUCGCAAGCCACGUAUUAUGGAAAACUUCCAUUCACUUAUCAAAAUUUGCGAAAUACUAGGCGAUGUGAUUUGUGAUCUAUACAAAGUGCGAGCUAGGAAACAACUAUCUAAUAUGUCUACUUCAGAUAGUGUGGUGUCUUCCUUGGACAAGAAGCUGAAUAAAUGGAUGUCCAAGUUGCCUCCUAACUUACAAUACCGACCACCCAACACAAGACUGAAUGAACGUGCGUCUGCACCUUCUCUUGAACUCUGUCAAUUACACAUGUUGUUCUAUACAACCUUAAUCUUGGCUCAUCGACCGUUUAUUCCUGGCCCACAUCAAAAAAUAGCUCCCUCUGUUUUCCCAUCUGCUUCCAUAUGUACCUUUGCAGCCAAUAAGAUUUUGGAUAUUUCAGAAUCCUUAUUAGCAGAAGAUCGUCUCAAGAAUGUGAAUAAUUACUCGCUUUUCUUUAUCUUUACAGCAGGCAUUAUCUUUAUCUAUAAUGCUGCUUCAUUGGACUCCAUGUUUGCAUUUGAAGCCAAGAUUAGUAUCAACAAAAUCAUGCGGUGUAUGGAUGAAGUAGAGACCACAUGGCGUACAUCAGCACGGCUCUGUAAUAUUCUGGGUGCCUUGGCGGGACUAAGAGAUAUUGAUCUUGACUGCGUCGAUCAGAGUUAUACACGUUCUGGCAGCAACCGACACCAACCACUGAAUCCCCCUCCUCCAGCCUCCAUUGCUGUACCGAAUUCACCUGAGCCUGAGUUCAACUCAACAAACGAAACCAGACAAAUGGAAGAAAAAUAUUAUGCGAGUACAAACACAAGUGUGGAUCUGUCACCUGAACUCCCACAGACAAGCCAGAAUUAUGUACCACCUACUUAUGAGCCUAAUGCAACCGCAUUUUGGGGUGUGCCUAUGUCGUUUGAUAUUGAUGAAUGGAACAGUUAUUUCACACAUCAAAAGAAUAAUACAGCUAUGCCAGUUGAUACAUCUCAAGACACAUUUAUGCCUGUUCCAUUGACAGAUGCUUAUCUUAAAUAAAUAAAAAAUGCGGGGUUCGUAUGUGUAACGCGAACGAAAGAAGAAAAGGGGCUGAGUUCCCGAGGGAACAGCACUAAAUAUGAGAAAACUUUAGACAAGUAUCUCUUUGGUUUCACAACAUGUAUAUGCUUACAAUGGUAAGUUUAUGUCAUGUGAUUCAACCGAUAAAUGCUUGACCAUCAAAGCUAUCAUUUUUUUUUCUC